GGCCAGUGUACGCGGUGCUGCCGAAGCGUUACGUUCGUCGAGCAUGAAGCCGCUCGUGCGCCAUAAGCUGUUAAAUUAAAUUAAACUCAUAAGGGAAGCACCCGAAGCCACCUUACGCCAGCAGUUAGAUGGUCUGGGGCGAACUGUUGUUACACAUUACCAAAUCUCGUGUGCGGUGUGCUUCGUUCGACUCUUCUUGUGCGAAAGGUGGUUGUUUUGCUUUUUGCGUUCUCGUCGACGCUGCGUUGCUUCCUUCCAUCAACGUGCAACCCGCGUGUGCCCAUCAACCAUGGCAGGAGGAAAACGAGCAUGAACGGCGCGCAGCAGGCGUCGUUGUCUAUUGCUAGUCCAUGCGUUCAUGCGGAGCGUGAAAGGUGAAAUUCAACUCUGGACGUGCAGAUGUGGAACAAAUACUGCCCAUAAAAGCACGCGCAGCCCCGUGCAGUGAACGUGAAAAUCGAUGCCGCGAUAAGCGUCCAGAAUCUUUGCCCCGAGAAUUCGUUUCCUUUCGCAGUGCGUGCGUGUGUGUUUGUGCGUCUUUGAUGAAAAUGAAGCCCGUUUAGUGGAUGGAUCGGACAUUCGGUGGGCACUGUUUGUUGGCCGUUAUCGCGCCGUCGGUUUUCGCUCACAGUAUAUGCACAGAGGUUAAUCGCGGGCCGCUGGAAAUCAUUUGGACAGUUUGGCUAUAUGGGCGCGUGGUGUUGUUGCGCCCGCGUGCUACGUGAAGCGCAGCUUCUGCGCUGACUACGGAUGGGCAUCGGCAUCGGAUGUUUCUCGUAGAUGGUGUAUGUGUGUGUGUGCGUGUUUGUUCCUUUCCACCGGUUAAAGUGCAUCGUGUUCCAGAACGGAAUCGGGCGAAAAAGAGAGAAAGAGAAAAGUGAGGCAAAAAAGCACAAGGGGUGUUUUUUGCGAAAGAAAAUAAUACACACUGCCAACGUCAUCAGCGUGUAACGCCGUGGCCAGGGAGAUAGUGAGAUCGACGGUCAGUAGCCAUCGGUGACCCGUGUCUGGAGGGUGCAACUGAAUGCAACCACUCUAAAUGGGAAACCAUCCCAGUCCGCCAUUCUCGUACGUGAACCGGCGCAGUGAACAACUUCAUUCUAAGGGGUGGCUUAUCAUCCCGGUGGUUCAAGUGCACAUGGAAUAGAGGUGAGGUGAGCAAGGUGUUAGGUCCCAUUCGCUAUAACAAGUGUGACGCAAUCAAACGAGCCUGUGUGUAUGUGUGUGUGUCUGUCUAAGCGGCAAACCCAAACUAUCAUCUGCUGACCAUCUACUCACCCGAUGGCAUCCAGUGACCGUUGGUGUCGUUGCCGGAGCAACACGUGCUAGUGUCACCGCUCGCCUGGAUUUACAUCGUGCGAUGCCGUACCGCGAUCGCGACUGUUUUUGUGUGAUUAGCGUAAUCUAUAAUUGCGGCAAAUAACCAGUCUCAGGUUCUAGCCGUGCGGGUUGCUGUGACAGCAUCGAGCAAAGCAUCGAAACAGGAACUACAGUGUAAAGUACGGCACUCUCUUACAUUCUAACCGCACAGUGCGGACAGUGUUUAGCAGCGAGGGCAUCUUUUACGUCCCGCUUAAAAAUGGGCAGUCAGAAGCGCGACUACGACGUGCUGGAGAUAGUGCCAAAGUGGGAGAUUACCAAGAUCUAUCUGCGAUGUCUGCUGGCCAACUUGACGAUACUGCUCAAGUGGCUUUACGAGAGUGUAAAGUGCAAGGUGAACCCGACCGCGAUCAUGCGGCGCACCAUCGAACGGACCGACUUCCCCAACAAGCCACCAAUCUUCAUGACCGACACCAACCUUGGCCGGCAUUCGUACGUGAAGCUUGAGAACACCAAACUACACUUCGUUGAGGCCGGUAGUCGCAGCAAUCCCAUCGUGCUGCUCUUGCACGGCUUUCCCGACUGUUGGUUCGGUUGGCGCUAUCAGAUACCGGAGCUGACACAUUAUUUUCACGUUAUCGCACUGGAUUUGAAGGGAUUCAAUGACUCGGACAAGCCGCACUGGCGUUUCGAGUAUACGCCGAAAAAGGUGUGCGAAGAUUUGCGCAAAUUCCUGAUCGCGAUCAGUGCCAAAAGUGUUUCCAUCAUUGGGCACGAUCUGGGAGCAACGAUUGGAUGGCUGUUUGCCCACACCAACCCUGAAAUGGUGGACAAGUUUGUAAGCGUUUCGACACCCCACCCGAAUCUGCUGUGGGACAAUCUUCCGAAAAGUUCACCCUUCAACCGAAACUGGUUAGAAUUUGUACAGCUACCAAUGUUGCCCGAGAUGGAGCUAAAGCACACGGCCGACAAACUGCUGCGCCGCUGUCACUCUCACGUUACAAAGGAAAAACUCUACUUAUCCGGCACGAACGGCACACUGACGAACAACCUGAUGGAGGCGUAUCUGUACAGCUUCUGCCAAACGGACGACUGGCGGGGACCGCUAAACUACUAUCGCAACUUUCUGUUCUACCGUGUGCGCGAUGGCGAGAUCCUGCAGUGCCCGUGUCUGAUCAUAACGGGGAACGACGAUCGGUUUUACAAGCUCGAGUCGGUAGUGAAGAGCUCAGAGUUUUGCGAGAACUUCAUUAUAAAAAUCAUCGAGCAGUGUGGCCGAGCACCGCACCAGGAGAUGGCGGCCGAGUUUAACAGCACGCUGCUAAAAUUUUUAAUAGGUAAAAAGUUCUCACAAAAACCCACCGAAGUGCAGCCGGCGCAAGCGCGAGGUCUGGUGGGUCGUAUGUUUGGAGGCAUUGGAACCGUUGCAAACAACACCGUAAAGCUGGGCAAUAAUCUACGAGAAACGUACGCGUUUGCAAAUCCGCUCAGUAAUGUUCCAAACUUUAUGAUAAAAGGAUAAGUAUGUGUGUCUGUGUCGUUUUUGUGCUACUACUUCUUCACCACUUCAAACACACAAAAAGAGCAGAGGUCUCUGGAACCUGUUGCGCUCAGAAUUAGUCAUUAAAUGGUGUGCUCCAUACGCUGUACAAUAUUUAACAUAAAAUCAUGUGCAAAGUGUUUCCAGCUAUGACUAAGAGUAUGUGUGUGAGUGUGUGAGUGUGUGCGUGUAUAUAAAUUAAGUAUCAUACAUUGACCUCCAUUGCUCAGAAAAUAACUUAAUAAGUUUAAUUAUAUCGGAACGCAAAUAAAGUAUCUACGUGUUUUGUAA